AAGUUCGAUAGAGCAUCAUCAAUGGCGCCUAAGAGAAAAGGAGCAGGCAAAUCCGGCGGUAUAGACUCGAGCAUCUUAGCGAAGAUCAUAAAUCACGACGUCGCCUCUAAGGGGAGACGCGCAGCGUGCGACGCCGUCUACGUGUCGAAGAAGCUGUUACGAAGCACGGGGAAAGCUGCGUGGAUCGCGGGAACGACUUUUCUCAUCCUCGUCGUGCCUUUGUUCAUCCAGGCGGAGCGAGAUCAGAUGUUUGGCGAGAUCGAGUUUCAGCAAGCCAGCAUUCUCGGACCUCCACCUCCCGGUGCUCUAUAAUAAGUAAAUGCGUCAGAUGUACGUCAGAUGUAACUCUCAGUCUUGGCGUUGGCGUCAGAUGUAACCCUCUAGAUCACAGCGAUGGUUCUCGUCUUGCAUUAAUAGGACGCUUCCAAAGACUAUUCAACUCGUCCAAACAA